AUGCUGAAUGAAACUACCUCACCAUCAUCAUCAUCCUCACCCAAAUCCCCACCAUACCAUGUUCUCUCCUCUGACAAUGAACCAUCUGACCCCCAAUCCCCCACUCUGGCUCAGCUACAAGCUCGUGCUCUAGCCUCUCAACAUCCAUCACACUCUGAACCUGAACCAGAAGUCACUUCCCCACCCCCUGAACAUCCAAAUCCAACUACAUCUGAACAACCUCAAACACCACCACCUGCACAACAACAAAAUCCACCUCCUGAACAACCAAUCAACUUUGAACCUCAACCAAUCCACUCACCAUCUGAACCAAAUUCACAACCUGAACAAACAACAUCGUCCCCCUCUACCAUUCCCACACCACCAACUUCUGUUACUCCCAUCACUCCCACUCUCAAUCUUGGUGACACCAAUCCACCUUCUCCAUCCUCCCCAGCCUCUUCCACUAAACCAGAAACAACAUUCCCUACCCUAGAAGAAGCAAUAAAAGUUUUUGUAGAGUCUUCAGUAGAGAAGAUCAAGUCUCUGACUAUCAAUUCUGGCAUCAAUGAUGAUCCCUCUAAAGUAAGGAUCCACUAG